UUAUGUUUAGGCAGCGCCCGGGGCUGCAGUGGGACAGGUUUUAGGGUGGGAGUGCAGAAAGAGUGUUUGAAACUGCGUCUCUGCUUCCUCUUGUUGGCAGAACAGUGUGAAGCUACUAGCUUGGUGGUGGAAUUUGACCUUGUCUGUUUGGGAGACCCACCCCCCGCCAAGUUUGGAGCAUCUGUGCAUGGAAUAUGAUGAGGAUGAUGAUAUUUUCUUUGCAAAAUGGAUGAGCAGCUUCUGGGGCCACAGCUUGGCAGAUGAGGAGAAAGAAGGCAGAGGCCACAAGAAACAUCAGCCACGACUCUGUAGUGAAAGGAGGGCAUCCCUGCCGGCCAAGCUUUCCUCCCUCCAUGCAACACGACUUCAUGCUUCUGCCAAAGGCUCAUCUUCAGGCCACCUCAGGGGCUCCAAGGAAUUUCAAGAAGACCAAGAUGUCAAAUGCCACUUCCACAGUAAGGCAAGCAGAACACCUUCAGCAGACAGCUCGUGUCCAGAGACAAGAUCAAACUCCAUUCAGGAAUUUGCAGAGUCCUUUGAAAAGCAACUGCAUCUCAAAAGCAAACGCUCAGUUUCUUUGCAACCUGAAGGUGCAAAAGAGAGACGAGAAAGAGAAAAAUUGCAUUUGAGAAAAAGCAAGUCUCAUAAGAAAAUGGGAGAGAAAUCAGAGGCAAGGAGAGAUCGGGAAGAAGCUGAAAGUUCAGAAGUACCUGCAAAACACAGCCAACAUUUUCCAUCACAAGCAAGCAUUCAGAAAGGCUAUGUAUGCACAGGAAGCUAGACUGCAUUAAGAUAAUCAAGCUUAACACUCCCCCUGAAGAGCAGAGGGGGCAUUCUUGUUCUGUUUUGACUAGGAGAGGCCUAUUAGCUAGAAUAACCCCUAAGCUGUAAAAUAAAAGUAAAAUUCAACUGCAGCACUGGCACCAUGUUACUGCUACUUCCUUUCUUUACUUUUGUCAUUACAAAUGUGACCUUUGUCAUAGGAGUGCAUCAGUAGCAAGAUCCAAGUUAGAGAUUAACCAUGAUAAGAGCAUUUAAGGCAUAUUCAGCAUUGCAGCAGAACAGUG